AUGGUUUAUGUAGAAUAAUGGCUCAUUGACAAGUUAAAAGAAUAUUAAAAUGAAAACAAGAAUGUUGAUCUUAGAAUAGAAGAUCUCUACAUAUUUAGCAUUAAAAAUGAUGAUGAACUCAAGACAAUAAAAUACCUUAUUACUUUGGGAGGUGAUGGAACUAUCCUUUAUGCAGCUAAACAAUUCCAUGGAGAUUAUAUUCCCCCUAUCAUUUCAUUUACAAUGGGGUCUUUAAGUUACUUAUGUAAUUUCGACUUUAAUGAUCAUCAAACUGUGAUCACAAAUAUUUUGUUCAAUAGCUUCAAGGGAGACCAAACAAAGGAUCCUUGUUUGGAUUUAAGAAUGAGAUUGAAAAUAGAAGUCAGUGACAAUCCUAUGAGGAAAAUUUAUAAAGGAGGUUAGCUUGAGAAUUAUGAGGAGAUACUGAUAUAAAACUACCACGUCAUUAAUGAGAUUGUAAUUGAUAGAGGUCCAUCCCCUUACUGUGUUCAAGUUGAGAUCUUCAUCGAUAAUAAUUAUUUCACUACCCUAGUGGGAGAUGGUUUAAUCAUUUCUACACCAACCGGGUCAACAGCAUACAAUCUGGCAGCUGGUGGUUCGAUAAUGUAGAGUAAUGUUCCAGCCAUAUCAUUAACUCCUUUGGCUCCACAUUCAUUAUCAUUCAGACCUCUUAUUCUUCCAGAAAAUAUUGAGAUUAAGUUGAGAAAACCGUAGGAUGGCAGAACAAGUGCUUGGGUAAGUCUUGAUGGGGCAACUAGGUUUGAGCUUAAGGAUGAUGAAAGCGUAACUGUAAGAGCCUCGACUCAUGCAGUAGCAUUUAUCACUAAUCCUGUUGAUAACUUAACAGCAUUAUGGUCUCAGAGAUUGACAAAAUUACUGAAUUGGAAUUGUAGACCUUAGAUGAAAUCACUCAAAAAGAUUUCAUCAGAUGAGGAGCCUAAAUGA